ACCUUAUAAGUUUCAAUCGCACAAAUCAAAAAAAUUCCUGUGAUUUUUCCGACAUCAAUCACUCAAGAUGUCGCCCAAAUCUCGAAGAACAGUCGUCACAAGUGAAAGUGAGUUCGAGAAUUUCUUCCAAGGAUGGUUAGUUCGUCAGGAGCAUUACCUGGAUGAGCUUCGAUCGAAUUUACGAACUUCUGAUCAUAGCUCCGAUGAUGAACAUCUCCGUGAUUUGAUCGCUCGUGUUCUCUCGCAUUACCAGCAGUACUACGAGGAGAAAUCUCGAAUCUCGAAUCAUGAUGUGUCGUUAGUUUUCUCUCCGCCGUGGUUCUCGUCGUUUGAACGGAGUUUCUUCUGGAUUGCUGGAUUCAAGCCAGUAUUAGCCUUUCGAAUUGUAGGUAGUACGGUUGGGGAUAUGAGUCCGGCGCAGGUGGAGAGAAUGGAGAGGCUGAAGGCGGAGACGAAGGCGGAUGAGAGGGAAUUGGAUAAUGAGUUGGCGAGGAUUCAGGAAAGCGUAGCGGCGCCGCCGAUUGUUGAGAUUGCAAGGAGAGGGGGAAAUCCGCUGGUGGAUGGGGAGUAUGAUGAAAUGGAAUCGGUGAUUGAGACGUUGAGGGCGCAGAUGGAGGUGGUUGUGGCGAACGCGGAUAUGUUGAGGACGAGAACGGCGGAGAAGGUGAUGGAGAUAUUAACGCCGGUGCAAAACUUGAGGUUUUUAGCAGCGGUGACGGAAUUGCAGCUUAAAAUUAGGAUGUGCGGUUGGCAGCUUGAUGCGCAGAGAGGACGAUGAGAUAAGCAGUUGACUUCGUAAUCAAUUCUGCUUCUUUUUUCCCCUAAAAAACAAAAAAUAUUUGUGUCUUUUUUUUGUAAAUUAAUUAAUUAUAAGAGGUAUACCUUUUCCUAUAACUAUUCUUUGUGAGGGAUUUUCACGGGUAUCUUUCAAAGAAUGUUUUGAAAUAAAUAAGAGUUGAAAUGUAAUAUGUUUUGACGAUAAAUCUAAAUAUGUUUAAUAAGUACCAAAUUGAUUUUUUACUUUUGAGAAUACCGCAAUUUUGAUUAUGAGGCUCUCUUGGUUGAAGGAUGAUUAGGUUUUAUAAUGGAGGUGGUGGUUAGGCUACUAUUGAUAUACUCAUGUUUCUUCUUUUAUUUGGUAAGGUAUCACAUGUUAUUGUGGAUGGGGGAUAGGUGAAGUAGAUGAUGAUGAUGAAAGGUAAUGGUUCGAUCAGUAUGAGAACGACGAACAAUGAGGUAUAUUAAACGGUACAUCAAGAUGAUUUUAUUUAUUUAUUUUAAGAUUUAGACCGUCAUAAUAUCAAACAUUUUUUGAGAUUUCAAGUUUUGUAACAAAUGAUGAUUACUAUUAUUCAUUUAUUCCAUCUUGAUGGGGGUAAAAAAAAUCUAAAUGGUGGUAUUACCGAAAAUGGUCAGGAUGUAACUGGGCCUAGUCGAAUCGAAUAUUAUCAAAGCUCGAAGCUCGACUGGACUAAAUAACUCGACUUCGAAACUUGAAUCAAGCUCGACUCGAGCCUUAAUUUCAAGCUCGAUAAAGUAAUUGUAGUUUCCAGCUCUGCUCGACUCGACUUAAUUAACUAUUAAAAAAAUAAAA